CAAAAAGAAUUAUACUAUAAUGCAGGGGACAAGUUUAAAAGGGGAGCUGACGGACCGAUUGUGGGGUUUUAAUUUGGGUCAAAAUGGGGACACAAGGGACUUCAAUGAAGUGUCUGCGACGCUUUGUAACAUUAAUAAUGAUGCGAAAAGGAUAAGCUUCUGGGCCUCUGCAAGAAGUCAAGCUAGGGAGCAAGGGAAGACCCAUGGAAGGCAUGGCGUGAAUAACAUCAAUGAGAAUUCGGAAUUUGAGGAUCUAACUAUCAAAUUGUCAGGUGAACUUGGUUUGUUAAGCAUGGGCCAAAUUAAUCAGAGGAGGAUCAGUGAAUCGCACAAGUUGCAGAAUGCAGGGCUCGGUGAGGCUGGAAACAGGGACCAUAAAGUACGUUCUGGGAUAAUUUAGUUUAGUGGUCCAGGUGGGCUCUAUUAUUGUUGAUGUGCUGGUCAAUUCGACCAUUUUCCAACCGGGAGAUGAUUAAUAUUUGAAAAUGAGGGGGAUAAGCUUUGAGCUUAGAAACAAAAAUUCAGAGUCACAGCUGGAGAAAUCCUUGUUCUCUUCGUUGGUUUUUAUUUCCCCCUGUUUGGCUUGCCACACGGGAAGAAUGAUGCAAAUGGAUACGCCAAUGAGUGCAGUUGAAGCAAAUGAUGAGUCUUCUGAGAAAGACUUGGUAAUCUUUGCUAAUGUUGAAAUAAUAAAACUUGUUUUCAUUGUGUUGCCAAAAAACUCAAAUCACUAU